UUACAUAUGGCGGCGGUAUUUAGAAAUCAUGUUAUCAAACGAUAACAUUAUGCAGAAACAAAACAAUCAUAACACACCUAGAGGAAAUGGAUAAAAGUCGCAAAGGACAGGCUGGAGGCGGUAAGCGGAAUGUGAUAUUUCAGCCUGGAAGUAAGAGAAUGACUGUUGAAAAAGAUGACGAACUUGAACCAACUGGCAAGACCCGUGCGGGUAGGCCUACCACAUCAAAACUGUCUGUGCUAAAGGAACUGAAUGCAGAGCUUUCCAUUCGUGCUGGGCGCAUGAAACUCCUUGCUCGAGCAGAGGAGGGGCUUGUCCUAGCAUCUGAAAGUUUUAACCCGAACUCUACGAAAACUAUCAUUGGGAAAACCGGAACUGCUGCAGACGAUAUCGGGGGAAAUAUCUGGCCAAGUGAAAAUAGCAAGGCAAAGAAUGGCACGCCAAAGCAGUCAUCUAAAAUACCGGUAUCUGGUGCUAGACAGCGAAGACGAGACAAGAUGUCAAAUUAUACAAAGCCAACUGCUGUCAGGUCAAAGGUCAAGACCUACCGACCAGGUUACACCUGGGAUAGAGGCGGAAGGUUGAAAGAAAUUAGGAUCAGAUGCUUAGCUAGAAAAUUUUCAUCAAUUUGGAAAAAGAAAACGUUUGGAAGAAUAAUGCCUUCAGUUGCAAGGGCACACUACCAUAGGAAGCUGAUGCGAGAAGCUUUCAAGGAAUGGUAUGACAUGUGGUGGGUUGUCCGUAAGGAGUGGCGUCUUCUUGUCCGGGCCGAGUGUCACUACAGGUACACAAUAUACUCCAGAACUGUUCAUGCAUGGAAACGCUUUGUCAUCAUGCAGAAGAUAAAAUCAGGUCGAUUCUCAAUGGCCCAGAGACACUAUACAGAGAAACUUAGCCAUAAAGUGCUGCUGACCUGGAUACGGUUCACUGCACAAAGGAGAGAGGAGAGAAAAAGAACCAACAUCGCAAUCAACUAUCACAACACUCGCUGUCUAGGACAGGCCUGGCUUCAGUGGAAGAAUCAGCACAUACUUGUACAAGAAAGAGCAGACAUGGAAACAACAGCACUUCAGUUCUGGGCAUACCGCAUCCAGACACAGUUCUGGCUUAUCUGGCGUAGGAAGUUAGAAGUACUACAGGAGAGAGAGGCAAAAUAUAAUCUGGCAGUCAGGUUUCACAGAUAUACUCUGAAAAAGAAGUUACUCGCAGCGUGGGUGAAAUAUUGGUUGGGAAGGAAAGAGACACAGCAAGAAAAAGGGUAUGCUACUUUGCUGUACCACCGACAUCUAAAACGCUGGAUGUUUAAUCUGUGGAUUCGACGCUACAACAUGACUCAGUCCAUCAAGGCACAUGAGGAAUAUAUGGUUAUCCUUGGUCAACAAUUUCAGAUGCGUAGGGCAUUUGUACGCUGGAAAUCAUAUGUUGAUGGAAUUCACCAAGAAAGAUAUGCACACCAGGUGGCAGCACAGCAUCAUCUUCAGAGACUCAAGAGGUUUGGCCUGUCCUGUCUAAAGCUGAAUGUGAUCCAGCAAAGAGUUCAACAGACCAGAAUUGAGGUGGCCCUUCAGCACAGGGACAAAAUGCUACUCAAAACACAUUGGGAAAUGUGGAUGACUCGAUGUGAAAACAACGAAGAACUAGAACUCAUACCUCUAACCAGGAAAGCUAGCAACCACUACAGACAAGUGUUGCUGUCCAAAGUCUGGCAGGGCCUGGAAAUGUAUGUACACUGGAGGCGUCACAGAAAGACUCAGUACGCCCACGCAGACGCACACUUCUACUGUACAGUGAUGCCCAAAUACCUACAGAAAAUGGUGCUCUUUGUAAACAUUGUGAAACUCCAGAGAGAGAAUCAACAGUACUCUGAAGAAUUUCGCAGAGAAAAUCUUCAGGCACGUUUUUUCUACCAGUGGCAUAAGUCCUAUCUACAGAGUACAGACAACAGGAUGAACCUCAGAAUGGCCAUCCUGCAUUAUGAUGAGUGUGUAAAGAAACGUUUCUUGGCUUGUUGGAAAAGGAAAACAGUCAAAGUCCAACAAGAAAAUGAAAAACAAGAAUUCGCACAUGAACAUUACUGUACCAGUCUGGUGGAAAAGAGUUUCAAAGGAUGGAGAGCUUACAUAAAUGAUUGCAAGCACAGCAAGAGCAACGAAAUACAUGCUGCCAAACACCAUUAUGUCAAACUCUUGUCCAAAGUGUUUUCGGCGAUAAGAAAGUAUGCAGAACAUCGGAGGGCGAAACACAGGAAAACUUGCCAAGCUCGAGACUUCAGACAAAGAUAUGUCUGUCAGAAAGUCAUGGCAACAUGGAAAGGCCUGGUGGUUCAGGGGAGACAAUUCAAGCACAAAGCCGACCAGAAAUACCAUGAGAAAUCUAAAAUUCUCCUCAGGCAAACACUAAAAACUUGGCAUGAGAAUGUUGAGACUCAGAUUCUAGAUAGAAUUAUCAACCAGACUGCAAAGCUACACUAUAGGAGAUGUCUACUAGGCAAGGUGCUGACCACCUGGCAUAGGUAUGCUGCCAUCCAUGCCUACAAGAAGUCCGAGACAAGACAAUGGGUGGAAUCUACACAGGAGGCGUUAAGUCGGAAUAAACUACAGAGGUACUUUGGUCAGUGGAGACUAGCCAGGGAACGAUCACUGCUCUUCCAGUUACGACAGGCCCAGGCCGAGCAACAUCACAACCGUUAUAUACUACAGCAGGUGUUUAGGGCCUGGGGAACAUUCACAGAACAGUCGCACUCAAAAAAGUUGCUGACAAAGCAGUGUAACUGGUUCAACAAUAAACGACUGACGAUCCGUUUCUUUGCUACAUGGAAGUCUCAGUAUAAUCUGGCAGAAGAAGAGCACAGGAAAUCAGGAUUAGCGUUGUGGCACUGGAGCCUCGUCGUACAGAGAAAGGCUUUGGUCACCUGGUAUGUUGAAACUCAGAACAAGAAGCGAAAGAAACAGCGCCUCCUGGAGGCACUGGAGAGAAGAAGGAAAAGAUUACUAAGACAAGGAGUGGUUCAAUGGCUCACGAUGGCAUCAGACCUUACAGAGAUGAGGGCCAAGUUUGCAGCACAGCAACAUGCUAAGAAUGCGUUUGUAAAGCAUCAGCUGAUCCAGAGGUGUGCACUUCACUGGCGUCAUUGGACAGCGAAGAGGAAGCUGCAAAGGGGAGAUAACUACAAAGUUCCUAGCAAACAGCCAAUCGCUCCCCCAUCCUCACACAGCGAUGUCUUCUAUCUCAAAGUCUCGGAUCUACCAGGCAGGAAGCAGAUUGCCACUGCAGAAGUGGGAGUACCACAGCCUGUUCUCUCUGCAUCACCUGGUAAAAGUGGAGCUACCAAUCCAACGUCUGGGCUGGAAGUCCCUGCACCAAAUCUGAGGUUACAGUCCCGGAGGAAACCUCGUCAUCCAGCUUUUUUGGCUGAUUCUUUGAAGAGAGCAGGACUGAUUGUUAAGGAACCAGAUAUAACAAGUGACCCUCUUCAAAGGAAUUCUACUUCUCCGUCACAGACUGAGGACAAUCCUGUGCCAAAUGAAGAAACAACACAAACAGAAAAACUGGAAAACAUACCAUCUUCCUAUAUACCAAAAUCUGAUAUGUUCUUGCCCGGUACGACUAUUGUUCAUCCUACUCAGCCUACAGAAGAUUCCAUAACAAGGAAUGUGAGCGAGUUGCCACCUUUAUUACAAGAGACGAAACUGGUGUCUUGGAAACCAAACAGUGAAAAGACCCAGAUUUCCAAGCUUUCUCUUGAAAGUGAUCAAAGAACUACAAACACACUCAGGAAGCAAAUGCCAAAAUCAGAGGCUUUAGAGAAAUGUGUAGAAAACAGGGCAUUAGAUUACCAUGAUACAAAGUCAGAAUUUCGGCUUCUUACCCCCGCUGAUUUCAUGACCCCGGGCAGUUGUGAUGGAGAUACUGACUUUUCACCCCUGUCAACGCCACGAUCUGUCGAUUCUGAGAGGAGUAAUUUAGAGAUACCAUAUUCUAAGGAAUCAGCUGAUAAACAAAUUAUCAGGAUCAGAAACCAUCUGAAGGAGUUUGAGAGGAAGAAGAAAAAACUCAGAAAAUUGCACAAACAACACCAGCAGUUGAGGGAUUGGAUCAGGCUUGAAGAGGCCAAAGGUCAACCAGAUGUUGACGUGAACCAGGUCAGGGUGGAAGUUGAACAAAUGGAAAUUGAACUAGAAUUGCUGCGGACCUCGGUUGAAGAAGACAAGCCUCAUUGUGCUAAACUUGUCAAGACUGUCACACAAUUAGUGCAGGAACUCCAUAGCAUUGACUAAAAACUUGAUGAAAACAUUGAUAUGUAAAAAUAUCAUUAAAGGGUCGGAAAGUUCAGUUCUUCCAAUGUUCCAAUCGGUGUGUAUCCAUCGUAAGUCUGGUAUCAGGAUUGAAUAAACAAAGGGUACAUAUCUACAUUUGAACAUCUCGGUGAAUAGCUACAUAUAUAGAUUUCUCCCUGAUAAGAUUUCCACUGUUCAUCCCGUCAUCUCCAUAAAUUUCACAAGGCUAUUUAUAUAAUGUAAUUAAAGUGAUAUUAUAUCUUUUCUCCAGAAUCUUUUUGCAUCUCUGUUUUGAAAAAUUGAUUCAAACUGAACUCUCCAAAACCUGUAUCACUGAAAAAUCCAUUAAAAAUGAACUCUUCAAAACCUGUAAAACUACAUUGUAUAGACAUACAGGUUUUGAAGAGUUCAUUUCUUAAUGGAUUUUUCAGUGAUACAGGUUUUGGAAGUCUCAAAAUGAUAAAAAUAAUUCUGGAUAAAUGAUUUCAUAAUCAUAGCAAUAUUGUGUUAUAAAAAUAGCUUUGUGUUAUUAACGGAGAUGAUAUGGGAGCUACAGUGAAAAUCUUCAUCACAGAGAAACCUAUACAUGUAGCAUGAAAACAACAACAUGUAUAUAAAGAGAACAAAAAUAACUGAAAUUUGGUGAUGUUUAAAAAGAUUGAAUCCCAUUUGAAUGGAUUUGUGUUUGAAAUCAAAAAAUUGAAAACAUGUAAAGUGAACAUUUUCAUUACAAUCGUUUGGAAUCAUGUUUGAAUGUGAUGUUAUGCUCAAAUUCUAAUUUACAUAAUUCAUGCAUCUCCUCUAUACAGCUGUUUGAUCUUGGCAGGCAUAUUGCCUCUCUUAACUGAUUAAUGAAGUCUGAAAGAUGAUUAUGAAAGUCUUUUUAAGGCCAAAUCAUGUCAUUGAAUCCUACUAUUGUGUAGUACAUGUGAUGAACACAGAGUUUUCCGUUAAGCAGGUAGGAGAUGUUCGUGUGAGAUGUUCAUCUGAUUGUUCUUUUACCCAAAGUAGCAUAAUGAUUUUGCUUUCAUAUUGAAGUUGAACAAUUUCCUUAUUUGGAGACAUAAGUUGUUAUAAUAAUUUACCGAACUCAUUGUUCUCUAUAUACAUCCACAUUGGGACUGAAAAAUACCCUACAAGAUAAUAUCUUAUAGGCAUUGUUAGAAAGUAUAUCUUUUGGAAUAUUUAAAGAUGUUAGAAUAUUAGUGUUAGGUAUUGGACACAAAGUUCCUGAUAUUCAAUUUGAUUUAAAAUACAGAUCAUCAUUAAUUUAUGGACAAAGUUAAGACAUUACAUAGUGGUGAUAUGUAUUUUUGUCAGAUUGUCUCAUAUUAUACAAUAUAGAUGUAAAGAAUUACAUUUAACUUAUUACUUUUUUAAUAUAAAAUAAAAAAAUGAUUAAAGAUA